GCUCGCUUGUUGUUGCCGUCCGGCGGUCCCGAGCAAUCUGUCUUCCAGUGCGGUCGGGUCUGCUCGUCUGAGUGUUUGGCGGUCGUUCGGCCUCCUCGGGAAUCAGUGCGGUUCGUUUUGUUCGGUUCGCCGCGUGGGGGGCGGACGGCUCGAACCGGUUUCCGGUUCGCUCGCGCUGUUGCUGCUUCCUCAGUGUGCAAGUUCGAUUUUUGCGUCGAUUGAUUUCGGGAGAGCAUUGAUCAGGAGGAGCCGCACGCUAGAUUGCGGAGGAGCUAGGUGAAUCGAGCGAGAGAAGAUGGGGGAGAUGGCGCGGAUUUUUCGUUUUGAAUAGGAGAUCUUUAGAGAGAUGUCCUGGGAUUCCGGUAAAGAUAAUGCGUCUGUGGUCGAUUCAUCGGUGACAGAAGGGAGGCAUGACAUGGGGACUUUGGAUGAGCCUGAAAGUACAGAUAAACAAAACGAGGAUCAGUAUGCCUAUAACUCAGAAGAACCAGGGUGUGGUCAUGAUAAAAUGGGAGAUUCAAUUGCCAACAGAAAGGGUAGAUGGUAUAGCAUUAGGUAUUUUAUCAUUAAGAGUUUGAAUCACCACAAUCUCCAACUAUCAAUUGAGAAAGGAAUCUGGGCUACUCAGGUCAUGAAUGAACCCAUUUUGGAAGAAGCCUUCCAUAAUUCUGGAAAAGUGAUUUUAAUAUUUAGUGUCAACAUGAGUGGGUUCUUCCAAGGGUAUGCUCAAAUGAUGUCUCCUAUUGGGUGGAGGAGGGACAAAGUGUGGAGUCAAGGCAAUGGUAGAAAUAAUCCUUGGGGCCGCAGUUUUAAGGUCAAAUGGCUGCGGUUAUAUGAUUUGCCCUUCCAGAAGACUCUUCAUCUUAAGAACCUAUUAAAUGACAACAAACCUGUCAAAAUUAGCAGAGAUUGUCAGGAGUUACCCCAGGAUGUUGGGGAAGCUCUGUGUGAGCUGCUUGAUUGUGAUGCUGAUGUUGAUGGAGAAACUAGAAGGGAUUCUGCCCCUCUUGAAAAGUCUUCCAUGUGUUCGGUGCAAGGGGAAGAAUAUAAUGGGCCUGCAGUACACAUGCCAUGGACUAUGCCUUAUUCUUCUCUGUACUAUCCGCAACAUGCUGAAGCUGCUAGAAACAAUUUAGCAUAUGCAAGAUCAGCAGGCACCUUUCUUUCUGAUGAUUUAGCUGUCCCAUCUGGAGCAUCAAAAGUUCCAAAGCCAAAAUAUCCUCUGGCAAAUGGAAAUAAACCUGCUGUAUCACAUCGGGAUGUAUCUCCGCGAUAUGAUAUGUGGGGAUUGUCCGCUGGAAGUCCUCUUGCUAGUACCCUGACGGAAGAUGACUUUCUUGACAUGUCAUAUGAAGAAUACCUGGAAGUCCAUAGCAGAAGCAGCAGAAAGAUGUGCCUUCCUGCGACAGGAUCAUCUUGGACACCAAAGGAAUCACCAAGAAGUAGAAAACAAGAAAAACAUCUAAGUCCAAGGCUAUCAUCUGAACAGAGCACAAGGAAGAGGCCGUACCAUUCUUCGGAGAGAUCUUUGGAUAGAUGAUUGGAUAUGAAGGAUUUAGUUGUCUGAUAUGAAAAAAUUCCUUCUGUGACGGGGCUGUUACUAUUUGAUAUUGUCCUUGUCAUUGUAUUGGAUUGAUUACCCUGUAUCAUUGUAUGCGUGUUCGGCUGAUGAUAUGUUAUAGGACUUAAGCGGGGGCCCUUAGAAACUUGUACAUAAUUGUAUGGGCAAUCGGCUGAACUCCCAUCUCUCCCAUUAUUUGGUAGAGAGCCAAUUCUCUUUCAUAAAUUUUCUAUUGGAAGAUGUAUAGUCAGGCGGAUGGAAUUAUCUCAUCGAGAGUAUCUUUUGACUCCUUGUAUAGGAAAGAAACGGAUCAAGAUUAGCGCAUGAUCGAAGCUCCAUAAAAAAUUCAGAAUGUAAGUAGAUGACUUGUGGUCAUUUUGUCCAUGGGCUGUAACUUCUGUUUGGGGUCUGAAGUUUUUCCAUCAUAGUGGCUUUCGAGUUUAUAUGAAAUGUUGAAUCGUGAGUUUA